AUGGAUUUCUUAAACUCAUCUGAUCAAAACUUGACCUCGGAAGAACUGUUCGACAGAAUGCCAUCCAAAAUUCUGGUGUCCUUCAUUCUCUCUGGGCUGGCACUGAUGACAACGACCAUUAACUCACUUGUGAUCGCUGCCAUUAUUGUGACCCGAAAGCUACACCACCCGGCCAACUACUUAAUUUGCUCCCUUGCAGUCACAGAUUUUCUUGUGGCUGUCCUGGUGAUGCCUUUCAGCAUUGUGUAUAUUGUGAGAGAGAGCUGGAUUAUGGGGCAAGUGGUCUGUGACAUUUGGCUGAGCGUUGACAUCACGUGCUGCACUUGCUCCAUCUUGCAUCUCUCUGCUAUAGCUUUGGAUCGGUACCGGGCAAUCACAGAUGCUGUUGAGUAUGCCAGGAAAAGGACUCCCAAGCAUGCUGGCAUUAUGAUUACCAUAGUUUGGAUUAUAUCUAUUUUAAUCUCUAUGCCUCCUCUAUUCUGGAGGCACCAAGGGACUAGCCGAGAGGAUGAGUGCAUCAUCAAACACGACAACAUUGUUUCCACUAUUUACUCAACAUUUGGAGCUUUCUACAUCCCAUUAACAUUGAUUUUGAUCCUCUACUACAAAAUAUAUAAAGCAGCAAAGACGUUAUACCACAAGAGACAAGCAAGUAGGAUUGCCAAGGAGGGGCUGAAUGGUCACCUUUUGGGGAGUGGUGAGAAAAGCAUUAGACUGGUCUCCACACCGUACAUGCUAGAAAAGUCUUUAUCUGAUCCAUCAACGGACUUUGAUAAAAUUCAUAGCACUGUGAAAAGCCCCAGGUCUGAAUUCAAGCAUGAGAGAUCCUGGAGAAGGCAAAAGAUCUCAGGCACAAGAGAACGAAAAGCAGCCACUACCCUGGGAUUAAUCUUGGGUGCAUUUGUAAUAUGUUGGCUUCCUUUCUUUGUAAAAGAAUUGGUUGUUAAUAUCUGUGAAAAGUGUAAAAUUUCUGAAGAAAUGUCAAAUUUUUUGACAUGGCUUGGAUAUCUCAAUUCCCUUAUAAACCCACUGAUUUAUACAAUCUUUAAUGAAGACUUCAAGAAAGCAUUCCAAAAACUUGUGCGAUGUCGAUAUUAG